GAGUGGGCAGAACAUCUUCUCACCUUCCAACCCUGCCUUCUAUUUCCCCCCUUUCAGCACUGAUCCUCCUGUUUUGGAGAUAAGAUAACAUGCUGAAUCUUCCCAGGCUCACAGAGUAGUGAAUGCUUCUUUCACUAGCAGUGCCCCUUUCCAAAAAAGCAUCACCUUGCCAGCUGCUUUCCUCCCAGAGGCUGCCAGGAAAAAAAAUAGGACAAGGGGAAAAAAAAAGCCAGUGAACUUGUUUUCAGCCUUUCCCUCUGACGAUCCACCCAGAAAAGCGGAAAAAAUAUUUUUCCUGUUAAAAUGCCUUUCGUUCAUUCCCAAAGCCCGUCAGCGCUGGAAUACUGUCCUCGUGGCAGGAGACACAGGCUCUGAACGCUAAGGAUCUCUCAGUUCUGUGUCUUGCUGGCUUGACUGUUGUCAAGGGACUCCCCAUCCCUAUUAGUUUCUGUUUAUCCCCCUUCAGAUGUCCCAGAAGGUCAAACACAGCUGUCUGGGCAGGUUUUGCAGCAGCUGUGAUGAGCAAGGACGGAAGGCAUCCACCUAAUCUUUCUGGAUAGCUGGGUCCCUCAAACCCCUGGUGAUCAGUAGGGCAGGUGUGCAACGGACCACAAUAUCGACAACACGACCGAGAUCCUGUGGGAAUGGCUUAUGGCCAUGGAGAAACACUAUCACUACAUUGAGUGGAAGUCAGUGGAGGAGCCCAGCUCUUACCCCAAUGUACUUGGCCCCAAGCACUGGACAGACGAACGCUAUGAACAUGUCAUGAAGCUGAAGCAGGAAGCUCUGAGCUUUGCCCGGGCUGAGGGGGCUGAUUAUCUCCUGCUCACCGAUACAGACAGCAUCCUGACCAACAAUCAGACCCUGACAUUCCUGAUAUCGCAGAACAAGUCGGUGAUCGCCCCCAUGCUGGACUCCCAGACAUAUUACUCCAACUUCUGGUGUGGGAUAACCCCUCAGGGUUACUACCGUAGGACGGCAGACUAUUUCCCCACCAAGAACCGCCAGCGGGUGGGCUGCUUCGCUGUCCCCAUGGUGUACGCCACCUUCCUGCUUGACCUGCAAAGAGAGGGGACCUCUGAGCUCGCCUUCCACCCGCCCCACCCCAACUACACCUGGCCCUUUGACGACAUCAUCGUCUUCGCCUACUCCUGCCAAGCCGCGGGAGUCCAGAUCUACGUGUGUAACCAGGAGCGGUUUGGUUACAUCAAUGUCCCGGUGAAGUCCCAUCAGACGCUAGAGGACGAACGCAUCAACUUUGUGCACCUCAUCCUGGAAGCCAUGGUGGACGGCCCCCCGAUGUUCCCCUCUGAGCAUGUUUCCCUCAGCCCCAAGCACCUCGGUAAAAUGGGCUUUGAUGAGAUUUUCCUGAUUAACCUGGUGCGGCGGCCAGACCGGCGCCACCGGAUGCUGAGUUCUCUGUAUGAGCUGGAGAUAGACCCCCAGGUGGUGGAUGCUGUAGAUGGGAGUGCCCUGAACAGCAGUGACAUUAAGAUCCUGGGUGUGGAUCUGCUCCCAGGAUACUAUGACCCGUUCUCUGGCAGGACGCUCACCAAGGGGGAGGUUGGUUGCUUCCUCAGCCAUUAUUACAUCUGGAAAGAGAUCGUGGCACGGGGGCUGGAGAAGUCAGUGGUGUUUGAGGAUGAUGUGCGCUUUGAGGCCUAUUUCAAGGUGCGGCUGACACGGCUGAUGGAGGAGCUGGAGUGGGCACAGCUGGACUGGGACCUGAUCUACCUGGGCAGGAAGCAGAUGAACUCGGAGGAUGAGGAGCCGGUGGAGGACGUGCGGAACCUGGUGGUGGCUGAAUAUUCCUACUGGACCCUGGCCUACAUAGUCUCCCAGCGCGGGGCCCAGAAGCUGAUCGCGGCCGAGCCCCUGUCCAAAAUGCUGCCUGUGGACGAGUUCCUGCCCAUCAUGUAUGACAAGCACCCAAACGAGGAUUACAAGCAGCAUUUUGCUAACCGAGACCUGCUGGUGUAUUCGGUGCACCCCCUGCUGGUUUACCCCACUCACUACACUGGGGACUCCAAGUGGCUCAGCGACACGGAGACGUCUACCAUCUGGGAUGAUGACUCCAAGAAGACGGACUGGAGCGGCUCUCAGAAAACACUGAAGGGUUCCCGAAGUAACGCUGGCCAUUCCUUCCGCUCGACCUCCCGGGAUGAGCUCUAACAUCAGGCUGGGGUGCUUCCCAUUCCUCAAGUGUGACAAAGGAUGAACACCGUGGGCUGCUCUGCCUGCAGAUUUGACUGGUUCCUGGCUGAGAGAUGCAGCUGUGUUUGCUUGACCAAAGGGGGGUGUUUAACCUGCGCCCGUAAUCUUCGCUCACUGAAAUAGACCAUUUGCAGGGCUUGCACCGAGGACCAUGCUUGACUAUCUGGACACCUCUGCUAGGUGGUGGAGCGUUUGGUCUAGUCCUUUGCAACCUACUACUUCUCCUUCCCCAUCUCUGGUGGUGCCUCUCCCUGAAAGGACAGAACUGUUUGGAAAUGUACAAGACUUGGUAACCUUCCAGAGAGUUUCUUGCUCAGUAUUUUCAGACUGAGCUCAUUCCUGUAGGGAUGCAGGAACCCAGUCAGCUGAGAUCUGCCAGGCCAUAGGGCCCAGGGUGUGUGUUAGAGCCGAUGGCUCUUGCUGUGUAUUGAUUCUUUUGUAAUACUUGUUUAGAUUAUUUGAUCAGCUCAUCCUUCUAAUCCAAUGGAAUCAAAAUUCUUUCUCUUCUCCACCCAAACUUGGAGCCGAUGAUCACCCUGUGUCCCUUGGUGAAAGGGGGAUGGGAUCUAGACAUGAGGUGGAGUGCCUAAGAAAUGCCCCAGACAGACUUCCAGAGCUGUAGGGGGAGAAUCCAGUGCAGGGCAGAAGUAAUGCAAAAAUCCCCCCCACCUACCUGCAGAUUAGGGUUCUCUCUGCAUUAUGCCAGGCUGUCUGCUGGGUUUUCCCUCCCAUGUAGUAUGGCUUAACUGAAAUAAGCAAGAUAUCAGGAGGAUUAAACUGGACUCUAUUUAAGACAA